AUGAAGAUCUUUGUGUCAUUACUUCUUUUGUUUGGCCUCGUGGCAGAGGUUUUUGGCGCCCACGAUGGAAAGAGUUUCUGGUUGGAGUGGAUUACGAAGCGGGGUGUAGCUCCUUACAAUCCUCAAGGCACAGCGUAUCCAGUGUACAGAAAUGUCAAGAACUAUGGCGCAAAGGGUGACGGGAUUACUGACGAUACCGCUGCCAUCAAUGCAGCUAUUGCUGCUGGGACUCGAUGCAAACCCGGAGCUCCAGGUGUUGGAUGCCAAUCAAGCACCAUUUCGCCUGCGACAGUGUAUUUCCCCGCAGGAACGUACCUGAUCUCCGCACCCAUCGUCCAAUACUACAUGACAAAUCUCAUCGGAAACCCCAAUCCUGGGCAGAUGGCAGUUUUGAAAGCAACUGCUGGCUUCUCUGGCAUCGCACUUAUAGAUUCCAACCCAUACCUGUCGGCAGACCCUGCAUAUGGCUCUACAAAUGUUUUCUACAGACAAGUCCGAAAUUUGGUCUUUGACACAACCAGUCAACCUGCAGGAACCCUGGCUCGAGGUAUCCAUUGGCCUACUGCUCAGGCAACGAGUAUUCAGAACUGUGUUUUCAAGUUGAGCCAGGUCAGCGGCAACAAGCAUCAAGGAGUUUUUAUUGAGAAUGGAUCCGGCGGCUUCUUGAACGAUCUGAUAUUCUACGGAGGAGACCAUGCUAUGGAUGUUGGAUCUCAGCAAUUCACAUCGCGCAAUUUGACUUUCUACAAUUCCGCUACAGCUAUCUACCAGGUCUGGGACUGGAGUUGGACAUACAUGGGUCUCUCAAUCAACAAUUGCAAGGUUGGCAUUGACAUGUCGAACGGGGGACCUUCCGGACAGUUGGUCGGCUCAGUUGUUGUCAUCGACAGUACAUUCAGCAACACCCCGGUCGGCAUCGCAUCCGCACGAAGCAGCACGUCUCAACCAAACUCGGGUGGCAGUCUCGCUCUCGAGAAUGUCAUCUUCACUAAUGUCCCAGUUGCCGUCAAGGGUCCUACUUCCACUUCUCUUGCAGGCAGCACCGGAACUGUCACCAUCAGCACUGGAUGGGUACAGGGAAAUGUCUACAGUCCUGCUGGACCCAACAAGGCGAUGAGCCCUGUCUCCUCUUUCGUGCGACCAGCGUCCAUGCUCAAAGGAACAAGAUACUACACCCGCUCCAAGCCUCAAUAUGAAACCACUUUGUCAGCCGACUUUUACAGUAUCCGGGCUGCGGGUGCUAAAGGAGACGGAGUCACGGAUGAUACAGCCGUGAUUCAAAGCCUGAUCAACUCGGCUACAGCUGCUGGAAAGAUCGUCUACUUUGACUAUGGUGUCUACAAGGUUACGAGCUCCAUCACUAUUCCUCCUGGAGCCAGAAUUGUUGGAGAAAACUACCCCACCAUUAUGGGAUCUGGCCCAUUCUUCUCCAACAUUAACAGUCCUGCUAUCGUCGUUCGAGUCGGUGCUGCGAGUGGACAGACCGGUGUGGUCGAGUGGCAAGACAUGAUUGUCUCAACUCAAGGCAACGCAGCUGGCGCUGUCCUGAUCCAGUGGAACUUGGCAUCUCCAGCUGCCACACCGUCUGGAAUGUGGGAUGUCCACACUCGUAUCGCUGGAUUCAAGGGAAGCAACUUGCAGACCGCUGAAUGCCCAAUCAAUGCCGCCCAGCCAAACAAUAAGUGCAUUGCUGCUUGGCAAUCCAUGAUCAUUGGCAACAUUGCAAAUGGACUCUACAUGGAGAAUGUCUGGCUGUGGACUGCCGAUCACGACUUGGAUGAUGUUAAAAACAAUAAUACCAGAAUCACUGCUUAUGCUGGUCGUGGACUCUCGUGUGAGAGCACGGUCGGAAACAUCUGGCUGAUCGGAACUGCAGUCGAGCAUCACGUUCUCUACCAAUACCAGUUCAUGAACACCAAGAACAUCUUCAUGGGUUUCAUACAGACAGAGACUCCGUAUUUCCAACCAAGCCCAAAGGCAACUAUACCAUUCCCCGUGUUCCCUGCUCGCCACGACCCCAAUUUCUCCGUUUUCUGCGCUGGAAAGUCAGAUAAUUGUAAUUUGGCAUGGGGAUUGCGCGUCUUGAACUCCCAGAACAUACUGGUGUAUGGCGCGGGUCUCUACUCGUUUUUCAAUAACUAUUCUCUGAGUGCGUACCUCCCUCCCAUCUCCCCCGGAUACAACAAGCUAACAAACCCCAUAGCCUGCUCUGAACAUACCGCCACAGUCUACAACGAAUACUGCCAAAACCAAAUCUUCGGCAUCGACCAGGGCGGCGGAACCGGCCAGACCUACUCUGGUAGCACGGUCUUCGUGUAUGGCCUUAACACCGUCGGCGCGGUAUCAAUGGUUGAUCGGAACGGUGUGAGUGCGGCUUCUGAGAGGGCCAACACAGGCAAUUUCGCGUCGUCGAUUAUUAGGUUUGUGACGAAGGUUCCGGGUACGUAGAUCAUAGAUCAAGGUGGUCAUGGCUUUGGCCUUGGGAUGAGGAAGGUUUUCGCUUCCUGGGAACCCUGCCUUAUCUCGCGAUACAGGGAAUUGAGAUUGAGGAGCCGAAUUUGAACCUAAUACCAAAUGAAUCAGGAUGUAUCGGAUCAAUUGGUGAUCUGAACAGUGUGUGAUUCCCCCACUGUUUGUUUUGACGUCGUGAGCAACAAUUCCAACUUCCGCCUGAUAUUUCGUCUGUUUAUGUGCCUGUCUAUGUGCGGCUCUUCGUUUCGUGCGUCUCAUCGCCGAAGACUGAUUUAAAUGUAUCGAGCUUCCUAAUCCGUCGAAUCUCGUAUUCGAUUUCCGAUUACAAGUACCAAUUGACCAGGAGUCUGCCUACCUUAUCAGCUAUGGGAGCUGGUAGGACCGAGCCGAACCUUCCACCGAGCUUCUUUACCAUCUUUGCUACAGUGGCCGAAACUGCAUGCAUGCCUCGUCCAAAUAUCAUCCACUACACACAGCGCAAACAAUCCAAUCAUGGCCAUCAAUUUAUACAGAUCAACAGCCCACCCACCAAGAAUUCAACAAGCAUUGCCACGAAGGAUAAGCCGAGUGCCAAGUAACCGCCAAGCACCCACGACCCUGCACAAACCCGCAAAUAUGUCUUAUCUCCUUCCUUCUCCAGCGUCUCUACCUCCCACUUCCGCGCCAUUAUUAUUUAUCUCACCCAGGCUUUUCGAGCAUCCGUCCAGAAGGCGGAUACAGUAUUGUAUUACGAUGCCAAGUUAAGCCGGCAAGCUCGGAACAGGCAGUCAAGAUUGUGUCUAAGGGGUGUUAAGCUCUGAGAUUUUGUGCUGGUGGGAGAGGGGUUGGGU